GUGGUCGGCGUGACGUCCAGCGAGAAGCGUUGACCUUGACCGAGCUUUCCCGCGUUUUCCAGACGACAAACGGCCAGUACAUGCCUGGGAACUGCCGGUCGGCACAGCGGGUGGCUGUCGUGUUGCCCUACAGAGAGGCUCAAGCACAGCUCAGGGUGGUUCUGCACAACUUACUCACGGUGCUGCACGCGCAGAUGUUGGACUUUACCGUCUUUGUCAUAGAGCAGGAGCGACCAUCACAGUACAACCGCGCUCUGUUGUUCAACGUGGGCUUUCUGGAAGCGUCCGUCCUUAGAGACUACGACUGUUUCCUGUUUCACGACCUUGACCUCGUGAUGGUGGACGACCGCGUGACCUUGACCUGCGGGACCGGGCCCAGACAUCUUACUCUGGAGCCAGGGCUGCGCCCAGGUUACGGGCCAGAGAACGCCAACAUGUUUGCGGGAGUUGCACUCUUCACCAGGGACCAGUACAUCCGGAUUAACGGCGCCUCCAACUUGUUCUUCGGCAUAGACGGGGGAGAGGACGAUCUGUGGAGAAGGGUUCACCACAGCAACAUGAUGAUGUCUCGCGUGGCGGGUAGUGUGGUGGCCUACAGUCAGGUCCGACACAGCGAGCAGCUGGAAGAAGACAAGGACAAGGUUGCCAGGAAGCUCAG